CGUAUUAUUAUGCAUGGGAUUGAGGAAAUAGUUACCUAAUCCACAAUCAAUGGACAGCCAGCCUAUUCCAUAAAUUAAACAAAUACCUUGCUAGUGCCAUAACCUACAACACAUUAAACAAUAGACCUUUGAACAUGAUACUUCUGGAUUGCGACUGCAUGUUUGACAUUUCAAUGCACCAAUCACUUGCGGAGGAGCAGAUGCCUACUUCCCUACACUGGAAAGAGCGAGGGGGUAAAUAGACUGGCGGAGCAUACACUGAUCCAUCACACUAAAAACCUGCAAAGAUCGCCUGUGAGACUGCUGCAACUACGCUAUAGGCCAUUGAUAUCGCGUUCAUUUCUGGUCAAUUGGUAAGGGGGACAAAGUGUCCAUAACACAAGGAAAUGGCAGGUAUUUUGGCAUGGUUUUGGAACGAGAGAUUUUGGCUCCCUCACAAUGUAACCUGGGCUGACCUAAAAAACACAGAUGAGGCAACCUUCCCGCAAGCUGAGGAUUUGUAUCUGGCUUGUCCUUUAGCCUUCUGCAUAUUUAUGAUUCGACUGGUUUUCGAAAGGUUUAUUGCCAGACCAUGUGCCUUGGGUCUCAAGAUACAAGCCAAUGGACCACAGAAAGCCCAGCCCAAUGCCAUUUUGGAGAAGGUGUUCACUGCUAUCACCAAGCAUCCAGAUGAGAAGAGGUUGGAGGGCCUGUCCAAACAGCUGGACUGGGAUGUACGGACCAUCCAGUGCUGGUUCCGACAGCGCAGGAACCAGGAGAAACCCAGCACGUUGGCUCGCUUUUGUGAGAGCAUGUGGAGAUUUACAUUUUACCUCUAUAUAUUUACCUACGGAGUAUGUUUCCUUAAAAAGACACCAUGGUUAUGGAACACCAGAGAGUGCUGGUACGACUAUCCUUAUCAGCCACUGACGGUGGACAUCCACUAUUACUAUAUACUGGAGUUGUCGUUCUACCUGUCCCUACUCUUCUCCCAGUUCACAGAUAUCAGAAGAAAGGACUUCCUGAUCAUGUUCCUGCACCACCUGGCGACAAUCUCCCUCAUCACCUUUGCCUACGUCAACAACAUGGCUAGAGUGGGCACGCUGGUCAUGUGUCUCCACGACUCCGCCGACGUCCUGGUGGAGGCUGCCAAAAUGGCAAACUAUGCCAAGUUUCAGAGACUUUGCAACCUCCUGUUUGUCAUGUUUGCAAUGGUCUUCAUCAGCUCCAGACUGGGUGUCUAUCCUGUCUGGAUUUUAAACACUACCUUGUUUGAGAGCUGGGAGAUCGUGGGGCCGUACCCCUCCUGGUGGGUGUUCAACCUGCUGCUGAUCCUGCUGCAGUUCCUGCACUCCUUCUGGUCCUACCUCAUAGUGAAGAUAGCCUGUCGAGCCAUCUCCAGAGGAAAGGCAGGGAAGUGGAAUCCUUUACAUGUGUCGAAAGACGACCGCAGUGACAUUGAGUCCAGCUCGGACGAGGACAACGGUCCUCCGCCCACUCCUGUUCAGAAGCACCACAACAGCACCACCAACGGGACCAAUAAAGUCCACGGGACCAAUGGGUACCUGUCAGCAGGGGCCCCUUGUCUAGAUGAACACUGACCACUGUUAUGAGACAUUUAUAAGCACUGGAGCAAAGCUGCACACACCAUUCAUAGAUACUACAUGUGUGCCACAUGAACAACAUUGCCUGUCUGGUACUGGAAGUUCUUAGUUUUCAGUUUGAUUAUUUCCAUGUUUCCCCUCAUUUUAUUAUCUUUCUCUAUAUUUGCAUCAAACUGCAUUCAAUGAAAUAUCAAAGCACUCCUAUCGGUACAGCCCAGUCUCUCUGUUUAGCCAACGAAUGAACGCAUUCCACUAUUAUGGCGAAAGCAUGCUGUUUAAACGUAGUCUGACUGGCAUACUGGGGGUAGUUAAUUAUGUUAUGUGUCUUUUAUGUUAUUUAUUUUGGAUAGAUAUACAGUACCAGUCAACAUUUUGGACACCUACUCAGUCCAGGAUUUUUCUUAAUUUUUACUAUUUUCUACAUUGUAGAAUAGCAGUGAAGACAUCAAGACUAUGAAAUAUAUUUUAGAUUGUUCAAAGUAGCCACCCUUUGCAUUGAUGACAGCUUUGCACACUGUUGGCACUCUCAACCAGCUUCACCUGGAACGCAUUUCCAACAGUCUUGAAGGAGUUCCCAGAUAUGCUGAGCAUUUGUUGGCUGCUUUUCCUUCACUCUGCGGUGCAACUCAUCCCAAACCAUCUCAAUUGGGUUGAGGUCGGGUGAUUUGUGGAGGCAAGGUAAUCUGAUGCAGCAUUCCUUCACUCUCCUUGGUCAAAUAGCCCUUACACAGCCUCGAGGUUUGUUGGGUCAUUGACCGGUUGAAAAACAAAUGAUAGUCCCACUAAGCGCAAACCAGGUGGUAGGCAUGCUGGUUAAGUGUCCCUUGAAUUCUAAAUAAAUCACUGACAGUGUCACCAGCAAAGCACCAUCACACCUUCUCCUCCAUUCUUCACGGUGGGAACCACACAUGCGGAAAUCAUCCAUUCACCUACUCUGUGUCUCACAAAGCUUCAUCAGACCAAAGGACAGAUUUCCACCGCUGUAAUGUCCAUUGCUCAUGUUUCUUGGUCCAAGCAAGUCUCUUCUUCUCAUUGGUGUCCUGUAGUAGUGGUUUCUUUGCAGCAAUUUCGACCAUGAAGGCCUGAUUCAUGCAGUCUGCUCUGAACAGUUGAUGUUGAAAUGUCUGUUACUUGAACUCUGAAGCAUUUUUUUUGGCUGCAAUUUCUGAGGCUGGUAACUCUAAGUUCCCGAAAUGUUCUGCAUUGACUGACCUUAAAGUAAUGAUGGACUGUUGUUUCUCUUUGCUUAUUUGAGCAGUUCUUGGCAUAAUAUGGACUUCAUCUAUUACCAAAUAGGGCUAUCUUCUGUAAGUCGCUCUGGAUAAGAGCGUCUGCUAAAUGACUUAAAUGUAAAUGUAUAUCACCCCUACCUUGUUAAAACACAACUGAUUGGCUCAAAAACAUUAAGAAGAAAAUAAUUUCCACAAAUUAACUUUUAACAAGGCACACAUGUUAAUUGAAUUGCAUUCCAGGUGACUACAUCAUGAAACUGCUUGAGCGCAAGCCAAGAGUGUGCAAACUCUCAAGGCAGAGUGGCUACUUUGAAGAAUCUCAUGAUUCCGCAUGUGUUGUUUAAUAGUUUUGAUGUCUUCACUAUUAUUCUACAAUGUAGAAAAUAUAUAUAUAUAUUUUUAACAACCCUGAAAUGAGUAGAUGUGUCCAAACUUUUGACUGGUUCUGUAAAUUUGCAAAUUAUUGUCAACAUGUCUCAAUGACUUUGUCAGUGUUAAGAUUGGCUAAUUGUGAACCAAUCCAUAGUUCAUAUCAUUUCACUAUUCCAUCAACAGGUACACACAUUACAGCAUGAGUCUUGUCAUUGGCAAAAUGCUAAACAAAUGGAUUUGUUUUCAGUGAUGCCCCCCCCCCCCCCCUUCACUUGCUAAAACUGAUUGCAUUUGUUUUGCUCACAAAUGAAUAGUAAUGUGGUCUUACAACAAUGCAUUAUUAUGGGAAAUACAAACACGCAUUAUCCAUCCAUAAGCUGUACAAGAUAUAUCAGUAACAGCAUUAUGUAUGUGUGUGUGUAAAAAUAGGGCCAUGCUAUAUUUCCAAUUACAUUUUGUUAUAAGUAUUCUACAACAUUUCUGGUAAGUAUUUCGUUAAUUGUUCAUGGCCCUCUUGGAAGACAGAGGAAGGUAUUAUUAAGCAAUGAUGCAUUUAAAACCCUUGACAAUAUUAAAGAUUGCAAGUAAGAAAGAA